AUGGCUGCAUUUCCUUAUUUUGAUUUAAUCAUCAACUACAAAGGGAAAGUGGGAAGAGUGUAUGAUGUGGACCCAAAUAUGUAUUGCUACAUUGAUGCCUUGAAGGAUGUAACUGCAACAGUCCUCUCUCACAUUUCUUGUAGUGAAGCAAUAGCAAUCACAUUGCAUUGUGAUAUGCCUGGUACUGGCACAAGGAGAUUAAUAGAAAAUGAUCUUGAUGUGCUAGACAUGUUUUAUGUGCAAGGUAGGAGUAAAACAAUUAACUUGUAUGUAGACAUAGCAUAUUCUAUUGGAAUGAGUGAUGGUGGACAAAAAAAUGAUGUUGGAAAUGAAAAUGGUGGAGGUGGAAAUCAUGGAGUAGAUGUAGAUGAAGAGUACCAUGAGGACAAUGUUUAUGGGUUUAGUGAUGAGGAUAGGGAUUGGAAUGCAACUGCUGAGGAUGAAAACCAAUCAGAUGGCAAUGGGAUUUUGAGUGAUGAUGAUAAUGAGUGCUCAAGUGAAGAUGAUGAUGCUGAACUUAAUGAUUAUCAAUCUGGUGAUGAUGAAGUUGCAUAUUCUUAUUGUCUAGAUGAUGAAGAGAUGAGGUUUCCAGGCGUGAAGUAUAAUGGUACCUAUAAUGGAAAAAAGACAUGUAUGAAUCAAGAUGGAGAAACUAUAUUGGAAGAAGGGAUGAUUCUUCCAGAAGUGAAUACUUUCAGGGCUACAUUGAGGGACUAUAUAGUGCAAACUGGUUUCAAGAUAGUAAGAGACAAAAAUGAGAAGUCUAGAGUAACAGCCCAUUGUGCUGCUGAGGGCUACCCUUGGAGAAUUCAUGCAUCUCCACUUCCAGAUGGGAUCACCUUCAAGAUUAAAACCUUUGUACCUACUCACACAUGUAGUAGGAUGAACACAAACAUUGAAGCUACAUCAGCUUGGAUUGCUAAAACAGUGGUUGAAAGUUUUAAGGACAAUCCACACAUGGGCUUAGAUACUAUGCAAGUGAAACUAAAUAAAAUGUUUGGGAUUGAGGCUUCAAGAAUGCAACUGUAUAGAGCCAGAAGGAGGUGCAAGGAGCUGGAGGGUGAUCAUGGGAGCCAAUAUGUAUUGUUGCCAACAUAUGCCAAGAAAAUCAACAAAACAAACCUUGGUAGCUUGGUGGUCAUAAAUUAUAACCUACCCUCUACCCUAGUCUCAGAAGAUGGAGAAGAACCAGACCCUACCAUUAUUCAGUAUCCAUUGUUCCAAAGAAUUUUCAUAUCAUUUGAUGCAAUGAAAGCAAGGUUCAUUAAUGGAUUUGCCUUAGAUGGAAAUAAUGGCUUGUUUCCAUUGGCAUUGGCAGUAGUAGAGAGUGAAUGCACGGACAGUUGGUCUUUUUUCUUGCACAACUUGAGAAUAAUCAUAGAAGAUGCACUACCUUCUAGACCAUGGACCAUCAUGUCUAAUCAACAAAAGGGCCUUGACAAGAUUGUGAGUGACAUUAUACUAGAGGCAACUCAUAGAAGAUGUUCAAGGGCUUACAAUCAGAUGGAGUAUGAUCAGGCUAUACAAGCCAUUCAGGACCUGAACAAUGAUGCUUUUAUUUGGUUGUAG